UGUUUACAGUCGUUUUCAUUUCUAAAAAUAUCUCUAAUAUCAAAAUAAAUUUAAAGCAUCAGUGUUCUCUCUCUUCUUAAAAGUUCAUGUGAAAUCACAAUUGAAAAUUGAAAUAAAUUUUCUCUUUAUUCUAAAAUAUUGAAAAACAAUUUCAACUUGUCCAUACGUUUUUUUAUCUCGUGUGUGAUGAUAAACUCGUUUGAAUUGUUUUAAAUCAUGUGAUUCAUCUACUGUCACUCGCAUCAUUGUUAUAAUUCUUUCACGAAUAAUGAAAAAUGUGUUUAAAUUAACAAUAUGAUCAACAAUAGCGGCACACGUUAUCGUUCUUUUACUUUCGAGUAAUGUUUGAAGAAGAUUACUUUCUCACGACAAUAAACUGUGCCAGGAAGUGCGACAUCGCUCUCGAUAUGUUCCCCCGUCGUUGUCGACCACCGACUGUUCACAAACACCAGGAAUUCGUCAUAGGUGUGUGAAAAAAGAAAAUUUAUUUUUUUCCCCCAAAAGAGGUAUGUUCAAAAUAUUUAUUCACUUAAAUGUCAACAUCUGGCAAAAAGACAUUGUCAAAUGAGAAAAAAUCAUUGAAAUCAAAGGUUAGACAAAAAUUGAAUUUCGAUCAAUCAGAUGAAUCUAACCUCAAAUAUUCCACUGGUGAAAGUCAUAAAAAAUCAAGACGAGAUGAUUCUUUAGAUGAUAGUAAAAAAAUUGUUUCCGAAUGGUUGGAAAAGUAUGAAAAUGAUUUUUUGGAAUCGAGUGUUGAAUAUCCAUCUUCACCGUUAAUAAAACGUUCACCGGAAUCGCCAAUUAUUAAUAAGAAUUCAAUUAAACGACCUCGACAAAAUGAUAAUGAGAAACGUGAAAAAAGUCCGGAUAUUUGUUUAUCCAAAUCGACGACGACGACGACGACGACAACGACGAUGACGAAAUCGCCAGUUCUUGGUGGUAAAAUUCUAGCCAAAAAGUUAAAACGACGAAAAAAUCAUUCGAAAAAAAGUAAAAAUAAUCAGAGUUUUGAUAGUACAUUAAAAGUAAAGAGCGAAUUGAAUACGACGACAAAUACCGUUCCGGAAAGAUGCAACUUAUCGCAAAUUGAGGAAACAUUCUUCGAGGAGGAAAAAGAAAUAAAAGUAGAAAAAGAGGAAUUAUCACAGUUAAUUGAAGAUUGGGAGGAACAUUCAAAUCAAAAUUUGAAAACAGAGGAUAUAAAGAUAGAGAAUUCAGAAAGUAUAACGAAUGAUUUGUCAGAGACAACAAAGGAGGAAAUUAUAGAUAAUAAUAGUUUAUUUAUUGAAAGUGUAACUGACUCGGAGAAAAGUAAGAGUUUUAUUAUUGAAGACGCCGAUACGCCGGAUAUUGUGAAUCUAGCCAACGAUUUGACGACAAAAAAACCGCAGCAGGAUUCUAAAUUGCCAAGGGAUUCGCAAGAUACAUUUUUUUCCCAAGGAGAAAGUCAAGAGCAUUUUCUACCCUCGCAAAGGAUUUCUGAGUUCUCAUCAACGAGAAUUAAUCAGCCGAAUUCCAGUGAACUUAACAUCAUCAACAAUGAGAGUACAUCGCCGAAAGCAAAUUUGGAAUCAUUCAGCAAUAUUCUAAGGAGUGAGAAGAAAAAGCGAAGAUUAAAGAAAGGCAGUUUUGCGGCAAAAUUACGAAAACUAGUCGAGACUGAAAAGUCAUUUCUACGUAUUUGGCGACACGAGAAAAAUCAGUCAACAUUUCAAAGUAUUAAUUCACAAUUUGUCGAGUUGUGCAUUCAAAAUUUAUACAAUGCAUACAGUAGACAAUUUGCCGAGUGUCUUUUAAUAUCCGACAAAUAUGAACAAUUAACUUAUCUCUUAAGUUCAGAGAUAAAAAUAAAUGAGGAAGAAAAUAAAAAUUCUUUCAAUUUUACCAACAAAGUAUUAACAUUGAUGUUCGUUCCUGAAUUUGUUGAUGAAUUUAAGGGACAAAAAGGAAAUAUUAUCAGAAUCUACUCACCCUGGGAAGUUGUUGAUAGGAGAAAAUUAACAUUAAGUGUAAUGUAUUUUACAGUCGAUGCAAAGGCAAUUAACGUGAUGUCUAGUAGUGGGAAAUUGAAGGAAAAAGCAAUUUGUGAAAAAAUUGAAAAUUUCACUUGUCCUUGUAUUGAAGAAGGGAAGAUUUUUGAAAAUUGUAAUUUUAAGUUUAAGAAACCAAAUGUGAUGAAAGAGAUUUUCAAUCGUUCCGUAAUCAUGUCGAUUGCGCAGGAUCGACCGGAAUUAUAUGAGGAGGUGAAAUUAUAUAAAAAUUCCAGAGAACGUGAAAAAUACGAUAAUCAAGCUGAUUUAUACGCAGUUGUUAAUACUCUCCAGCAUCUUGAAAAGGCCUAUAUUAGAGAUUGUGUCACACCAAAAGAAUACACAGCAGCCUGCAGUAAAUUAUUAGUACAAUACAGAGCUGCUUUCAAGCAGGUACAGAGCGAUCAAUAUCCAACGAUUGAUGCUUUUGCAAGAGCUUUCAGGCUCGACUGUCCAGCUGCUCUCGAGAGAAUCAAAGAGGAUAGGCCAAUAACGAUAAAGGACGAUAAGGGCAAUACAUCAAAAUGCAUUGCCGAUAUUGUAUCUUUAUUUAUCACCUUAAUGGAUAAACUUCGUUUGGAAAUCAAAGCAAUGGACCAAUUGCAUCCGGAUCUUCGCGAUUUAAUGGACACAAUGAAUCGACUUAGCAUUCUUCCCAGUGAUUUCGAUGGUAAGGAAAAAGUUUCCGAUUGGCUACAAACUCUAAACAACAUGUCAGCUUCCGAUGAACUUUCCGACAAUCAAGUUAGACAAUUGAUUUUCGAUCUGGAAACAUCAUACAACGCUUUCAACAAAGUUCUUCAUAAUUCGUAAUUUCAAACUUCUUUAUAUUUUAAAAAAAAAACUAUGACUUUGUUCUUGAGAACAAAUUUCUUUUUACUAUCCCGAAGUCAGCAAUUUAUUAAAGAUUAAAUCUUUAUUUUUUUGUGUAAGAAAGAAAAAUUAUAUGUAGAUAGUAAAUGCACUCAAACAUCUAAUUUUAUACUUGAUAUCUGAUAAUUUUAUUGACACACGAUUUGUUGAUUUACGACACAAAUAAAAGUUACUAAUAGUUAGACGAUAAAA